AUGGAGAACGGCGGCAGCAACGGCGGCAGCAACGGCGGCGAGGCGCUUCCCAACGGGAACGCAAAGGCGGUGCAGGCGCUGCAGCGGAGCUUCGGCGAGGUGCAGGGGAUCCUGGAGCACAACCGGAUGCUGAUCCAGGAGAUCGGCCAGAACCACGAGUCGCGCGACGCGGGCGGGCUCAGCCGCAACGUCGCCCUCAUCCGCGAGCUCAACAGCAACAUCGCCCGCGUCGUCGGCCUCUACUCCGACCUCUCCACCUCCUUCUCGGGCUCCAUCCUCGCCAAGGGCCCCGACGACGCCGCCGCCGCCAACAAGAGGCCGCGCCCUACCCAGUAGGGUGCUGUAGAAGAAACAGUCCUCUUCUUUUCUCUUCAGUUUUAGAUUCAGAUUCGAGGCUUUGUUUCUUUUUAUUCAUGUGUUAUUUUAGCGGGCGUUGAGCUGAGGUAUGGACAGGGCAGCUU